AUGGCUCAUUCUCCGCCGGACGAUUCACGCCUCUCGGCGAGAGAGAGACACGAUGCGCAAACUCUUGCAGAACAUCUUCCACCAGGCUAUACCGCGGAGUUUGUGCAGGGAGAAACCGAGAUCGGAGCUGACAUCUCUGGCGAGCGCACGCGUGACGGUGAGCCGUCAAACCGGGAGGUACGGCAGCAGUUGUCGUCUCCGCCUAUGCGGCCGUCGUCGACGACGUCUAAUGUCUCAGCUGGCAGCCGGCGUGAGGAGGUGUCGUCGUUGACGCUGCAGGGCGGAGACUUGCACCGAUCGCUGUUCCGGAUGGCCGAAGCACCAGCACGGACACAUGUGAUGCACCAGCCGCAGCCACAGGGCGAAACUUCGUCAUCGGCGUCGUCGAUACACCACCGGCGGGCGGCCACAGUGCACGAGCCGCUUGUCGGCGAUGGCAGCAGAAAAUACGGUAGCACUGCGGACCGAUGGGACCCAAAACCGAUGCCUGUGCGGGACAUGAUGGCGCCGCAGGGGUUCCGCCGAGCGUUUCUCCAACAGCGGCGGCAGCGCGGGGCGAUGCAGCGACGCCGAGAGCUGCGGCACGAGCGGCGAAGGAGCUCGUUUGGAGCAGCGCGGAUACCGAUCACGCGAAACUUUGUCGAGUUUCUGGAGCUGUACGGCCACUUUGCGGACGAGGACCUGGAGACGUCGGACGAGGAGGACGGGGGGCCAGAAGAAGAAGAAGAAGAAGAUGAGGACGAUAUGGAUCUGGAGAGGGGCGCGGGAAGUGGUGACGAGGACAGACGGCACGAAAGAGAGGCACUUUUGCCGCGACGGACAGCAAGCGGAGCAGGUGGCGAGAGCGGCAAGGCCAAGGCAGGGACGGCGCAGGCCUUCUUCACGCUGCUCAAGGCGUUUGUGGGGACAGGGAUCAUGUUCUUGCCCAAAGCCUACAACAACGGAGGGAUGGCGUUCUCGACGGCAACGCUGCUGGUGGUGGCAGUGCUGUCGAUGGCCGGGUUCCAGCUGCUGCUGCGGUGCCGACAGCAGUAUGGAGGCGGAUACGGCGACAUCGGGGAGGCGAUUGCGGGAAAACGGAUGCGCGGGUUGAUUUUGGGAUCGAUCACGCUGUCGCAGCUGGGGUUUGUGUGUGCGGGAAUGGUGUUUGUGGCAGAGAACAUGGCGUCGUUUGCGGCAGCAGUUCGGGCGAGCCACGGGGGUGACGACUCAGAUGAGGGGGUACCUUCGGCGGCGGUGCUGAUCGGACUGGAGGCGGCAGUGCUGGUGCCACUGGCACUGGUGCGAGACAUUGCACGACUGGGGCCGGUGGCGCUGGUGGGCGACGUGUUCAUUGCGGUUGGGCUGGCAUACAUGUACAGCUUCGACAUUUCGACCAUAUCGUCGCGCAAUUGGAGGCCUCACGAGACGGUUGAGCCUUGGUUCAAUCCGAGUGGCUACACACUGACGAUCGGAGCGGCCAUUUUCACGUUUGAGGGCAUCGGCCUGAUCCUGCCGAUCCAGUCUUCGAUGGCGCAACCGGAGCACUUUGGCCGGCUUUUGGGUCUCGUCAUGGCCAUCAUCACGGUCGCCUACGUCUCGGUUGGCGCGCUCGGCUAUGCCGCCUUUGGCGUCGAUACCCGCACCGAAGUCAUUGACAACUACCCGCGCGACAGUGCCCUCGUCCAGGCUGUCCAGUGUCUCUACGCCCUCGCCGUUCUGGCCGGUCUUCCUGUCCAGCUCUUUCCGGCCGUCCGGAUCCUGGAGGGACAGCUGUUCGGCUGGCUGGGCGGUCGGCUUGAAUCGUCGCGGGCGUCCGGCCAUCGCCUCUCCGGCAAGCGUGAUCCCCGCGUCAAGUGGGUCAAGAACGCUCUACGCGCCGCCAUGGUUGUUCUCUGCGCCGCCGUUGCCGUCGCCGGCGCCGGCCAUCUCGACCGCUUCGUCGCCCUCAUCGGCUCGCUCGCCUGUGUGCCCUUGCUGUUCAUCUACCCGCCCUAUCUUCACUGCCGCGGUGUCGCCGUCGGCACCGACCGCUGGCGAGCCCGUGCUGUUGAUGUUGUCCUCAUGGCCAUCGGCACCGUCGCCAUGGUCUACACGACUGCCGUGACGGUGGCUGAGGGAUUGUGA